CCGGCCAACUGGAAGAAGGUGACACCUUUUUGUUUGGUUCCAGGCACCGCAGGCGAGGGGGAGGCGGACCUGACGCCGCUGCAGAAGCACGUCGCCUUCUUCGACAGGAACAAUGACGGCGUCAUCUACCCGUCCGAGACCUACCAAGGAUUUCGGGCGAUUGGCUCCGGCGUGGCUUUGUCUGCUGCCAGCGCCGCUUUCAUCCAUGGCUUCCUCAGCGCCAAAACUUGCCCCCCUGGUAAAUCUCCGCUUCCUUCUUUGCCAAUCUACGUGGAGAACAUUCAGAGAGGCAAACAUGGAAGUGACUCUGGGGUCUAUGACACCGAGGGGAGGUUCGUGGUCUCCAAAUUCGAAGAGAUAUUUAAGAAGCAUGCCAAGACAAACCCUGAAGCAAUAUCAUCAGAGGAGUUGAAGGAGAUGCUCCAGGCGAACGGGGAGCCCAAUGACAGCAAAGGGAGGUUGGCGAGCCAGACAGAAUGGCAACUGCUUUAUAAUAGGGGCAAAGAUAAAGAAGGAUUCCUGCACAAGGAUACCAUACAAGCUAUUUAUGAUGGAAGCCUCUUUUACCAGUGGGAGAAGGAGACGCAAUCUUCAGUGAAGAAAGCAUGAUGGUCUGAUAGCUCUGUAAUCUGGAUUUCAUGGAUUCUAUAGUUUCAUAUGAAUUUUAAAAUAAAUUAUUGGAUAAUUAUGUUUUAGAAUGCUACUGGAAUUCUGAAUACACAAUCAAGUGUUGUAUCCACUCGUUCACAGUGAAAAAGGGCUGCUAUUGAUGGACGCAAAAUAGUAGUGAAACAGA